AUGCCCAAGAAUAAAGGAAAGGGAGGAAAGAACCGUCGUCGAGGAAAGAACGAGAAUGAGGGAGCCAAGCGAGAGCUUAUUUUGAAAGAGGAAGGACAGGAAUAUGCCCAGGUGUUGAAAAUGUUGGGAAACGGGCGACUGGAGGCAAUGUGCUUUGACGGAACAAAGCGACUUGCGCACAUUCGGGGCAAGCUCAGAAAGCGACAAUGGAUCAACACUUCUGAUAUCAUUCUGGUGGGUCUCCGAGAUUACCAAGACGCAAAGGCUGAUGUGAUCAUGAAGUACAACUCUGAUGAAGCUCGACGACUCAAGAACAUGGGCCACCUUCCUGAGUCCGUUAAUGUUGUCGACGGAAACGAGGUUGAAGACGACAUCUUCUUCGACAACGAGUCGGACGAGGACUCUGGAGAUGAAAUUGCCCCACAGCCCUACCAGCCCGUUAUCAGCAGUGAAAGCGAGAGCGAUGACAGUGAUGAAAGUGACUAA